UCAACGCUGCGUUUCAAGAGUUUAAACGACAGCGUUUAUUAAAUUGCUCGAUAGCCUUUUACUUUGGAAGAGUCGUCGUAAUCUCAUCUCUCUUUUUAACUGAGACGAAAAAGAUUCGCUUCUCCGGCGAACAAAUUCAACUUUCUCGGUAAUGGCGAUGUCUUCUGGAACUCUCAGGAUCUCUGCCACCUUAGUAUCUCCUUAUCAUCACCACCACCCUAAUCGCCUCUCAUUUCCUUCUUCUUCUUCCAAGGUUGAUUUCACGGUAUUCGUAAGCAAUGGUGCAAACAAUUUGGAAACUCAGAAAUGUACUCCUGGACUGGCGAUCAGCCGCGAAAACACAUGUGGUCAUGUGAAGGUUCUUGCAAGAAACACUGGAGACUAUGAACUAUCACCAAGCCCAGCUGAGCAAGAGAUAGAGAGCUUUCUCUAUAAUGCUAUCAACAUGGGUUUCUUUGACAGGUUAAACUUGGCUUGGAAGAUAAUUUUUCCAUCUCACGCAUCAAGAAGAAGCUCCAACGCAAGAAUCGCAAAGCAGCGGCUCAAGAUGAUCUUAUUCUCGGACAGGUGUGAUGUUAGUGAUGAAGCUAAAAGGAAAAUCGUCAACAACAUUAUCCACGCACUGUCGGAUUUCGUAGAGAUAGAAUCAGAGGAAAAAGUUCAGCUAAACGUUUCCACGGACAGUGACCUUGGGACCAUUUACUCGGUCACGGUGCCUGUUAGGAGGGUGAAACCAGAGUACCAAGACGUGGACGAGGCUGGAACCAUAACCAAUGUGGAAUACAAAGAUACUCGUGAUGGUUCUGUCGAUGUCAAGUUCGAUUUUUAUGUUCCAGAGUAAUGAGAAGGCACAGUCUUAUAUUUAUUUUCUGGAUAGUAUCUUGUCUGUUUGGUGUUGAUGUUCUUCAAGUUUAGUCUGGAAGGAACAAAGACAGUUUCUUGACACUCCCCAUGUAUAUAUAUAUGCAACUUCUCUUUUCUUAAAAGUUCUUUUACUGUUUU